UCUUUUGACGUUGCUGAUCGCCAUGGCUGCUGAUCUCGUUCCUUACACGACGGUCCAGGAGACGCAUAUCCAACUGACCAACGAAGCAAAUGCCAAUGCACACGAUAUACAUUGCCCGGCGUGUAAGAGUCUCAUUCUCAAGCGAGGGGUCGCGACGCAGGUGGAGCAUGAUGCGUCAGUCAAUCUCCCAUCAUACACAUCUACAACCGCUCCUCCGUUCAACUGGGCUGUACCGACCAUGAUGCAUUUCGAAAACAUUGGAUUCUCGCACGCGGUUGAUGGACGGCGGUUUUUGGCGUGUGCGGAUUGUGAAGGAGGGCCGGUGGGGUAUGCGGGCGAGGGGACAUUUCUUAUUGCGGGGGAUCGUGUGAGGUACGGGGUUGGGCGAUAGCUGUGGGCUGUGGAUCAAAAUAGGGCGAGUAUUGAGUCUUGGAUCGUGUUUGAUACAUGUUGGAUGCGGACUCGAAGGAUUUUGAGCCAGUAGAAUUAGCCAAAAGCUGACGUUUGUUGUGGGGUUUGUCAGAGAUGGCUGCUGUAGAUUAAUUGAUUUUCGAGUGUGUCUUGUUUAUAUGUAGGAAUAUGCAAAUCAAAGGUAAAAGCGCUCGUGCCAUAACGGCAUCAUCCAAAUAUCAUAAAAGAGUCACUGUUAUGACUUUGGCACAACCUCC